UACUUAUGAAAAAGUAAUCAUGAAAAUACAAAAGAAUUCUUAUCAAGCUUUUUUGAGCAUUUUGCUACAUGCGGCUUUUGUAUCAGCGUGUGUUGUAAAAGUGCCAACACCUAAAACUCGUUUAUCACUGGUGACAAUGCGGAGAUACGGAUUAGAUGCCGAUUGCCCGACUUGCUCACCCCAUUAUAAUCCGCUGGUACUACGUACUGUAAAAGAUACGUUCACGGAUACAGAGGAGGUUUGCUGCGAAGGCUAUAUACGAGACCCAAAGUCGUGGGAUUGUCUGCCGAAAUGUGUCGAUUGCAAGACGGGCAAAUGUGUACGUCCAGAUGUUUGUCUGUGCGCCGAUGGCUUUAAUAACCUGAAGAACAGCACCGUCUGUGAGGCAGAAUGUAGCGAUCCUUGCAUCAAUGGUUAUUGCCUUGAACCAGAGAAAUGCGCUUGCAAUGAGGGGUACAGCUUUAUAAAUGGCAGCAACACCGAUUGCCAAACCAAAUGUCUGACCGACUGCACGAAUGGGAGAUGUGACUCGAAGGAGUUAUGUACAUGUAAUUUUGGUUACCAGCGCAAUGAGACUCUGGGACUCUGUGUGCCCAUCUGCGAAGAGCCGUGCGAAAAUGGUGUUUGUAAGGCCCCGAAUGAGUGUAACUGCCACAGCGGUUAUGAGCUACGGUUAGGCACGUUGGGAAAGUGUGAGCCCGUAUGUCAGGGUGGUUGCCCGAAUGGCUAUUGCAGUGCACCGAACGUCUGCAAAUGUGAAGCGGGCUAUUAUAAUCUGAUUGGACUGGCCUGUGUGCCGAGCUGCAAGGAUAAGUGCGUUAAUGCGCACUGCACAGCACCUAAUCAGUGCACCUGUCUAGAAGGUUACAUUUAUCGCAAUGAUUCUCGUACCGAGUGUGAGCCAACUUGUGCUCGUGGCUGUGAGAAUGGUUUUUGCAAUCAACCGGGUCGAUGUGAGUGCCAUGAAGGUUAUACACAAGUAGAGCCUCAUGUCUGUAAACCAAAUUGUGAAAAGGACUGCAUUAAUGGGUAUUGUUCCGCGCCCGACACAUGUACUUGCAAUGAAGGUUACGUUUUUAGGAAUGGCUCACACUUCGAGUGCGUUCCCCAUUGUCCACGAGGUUGCAAGAAUGGCGAGUGUGUUAGCCCUGGCGUCUGUAGCUGCUUACCUGGCUAUCAGUCUUUGCUCUUCUAUCUCUGCAUACCGGUCUGCACACAUUCUUGUGUACACGGUACAUGUACGGCACCAGACACAUGUCGCUGCUUCAGUGGCUAUCGUCCGAACUCCGAGCGAUCCUACGAAUGCGAGCCCGUAUGCAAUUUUGACUGCGGCCAUGGACACUGUAUAGCACCGGGCGUCUGUCAAUGUGAUGAUGGUUACACCAAGAAAUGGUUGACGGGUCGCUGCGAGCCGCACUGUGCCCAGAAGUGUAUCAACAGCAUUUGUACGGUAGGAGGUGUGUGCCGCUGCUAUGAGGGCUUCCGGCUACGUAAGGGUUCGAACGCCAUCUGUGAUCCCAUUUGCCUGCCGCAAUGUAUAAACAGUAAUUGCGUGGAGCCAGAUAUGUGUGAGUGCUGGACUGGUUAUGAGGAGACGCGUCAUCACAAUUUCUGUGUGGCCCACUGCAGACCCGCUUGUGAGAAUGGAAAGUGUGUGGCGCCUAAUAAAUGUCAGUGCAGUGACGGCCAUCGUGUAACGAACGCCAGCGAACCGCAUCGUUGCCGAGCUAUCUGCAAAGAGACAUGCAUCAACGCAGAGUGCCUGCGACCAGAUGAGUGUGUUUGUCUCGCAGGUUAUGAAUUUCUUAACGGCAGUCGUACCGAAUGUUCGCCGAAGUGUGAGCAAGACUGCGGUCAUGGUAGAUGUAUUGGAGCGAACGCGUGCAGUUGUGAUCUCGGCUAUCGUCUUAGUUUGGCAAAUGACACCGAUCUCGCGGUCUGUGUUGCCUACUGCAAUGAUUGGAAUUGCUUGAAUGGCAAAUGUGAUGUCAAUGGAAUAUGUCAAUGCGUUCAGGGUUUGGUCUACAAUGAGCGUCGAGGUGCGUGCGUGUCAGAGUUGGGCGUCAUAAAUGGGCAAGUUGUACGUGUGUCCCUUCCACGCUGGGCCAUUGGUGGCAUGUCUUUAUUACUUAUAGCUCUGGGCUCCUUGGCGUUGCUUUUGGUGUAUCGUGAAUAUGCACGUCGACGAUUCCGUGAGAAACAUGGCGUGCGUUUGAUAGAGAAUCCAAGUUUUGGCGUUGUCAUGUCAGGCGCGGGUGAAGAGGACGGUCUCAAUAUGCAAGAAGAAGAAGAGAGUUGAAUUUCGGUAAAUGGAAGUGUUGAGGAUGUUGAUGUGAUAUUUAAAAACUUUCUAAAUACACCUGUGUUGUAAAUAUUUUUUUAAUAUUUAAGAAAUAAAUUAAUUUUGAAUUUUUUGUCUUAUUCAAAAAGUUGUAAAACUUAAGCGUAGCGUGUGUUAAUAAAUUUGCAAAUAUAUUUAUAAUUGCCACUUUGAAACCACAAUUUUCGGUCCCCCUCCUGCAAUUUGGUUUUUGCGCAGCGAGCUGGCACAAACAGACGCUGGGGUUGACGGGCAGGAAGAUUUUGUUGUUUUUGAUAGUCUGUAAGACGAGGCGCGGAUCAUGAGAACAAUCAAGGUGAGGAAUCGUCCACAAAGAAUUUCUUCCAUCGGGGCAAACCGUAAAUCAAUCUACUAUCGCCAAGUACUCGAAAGAUUGCAAAAAAGUGUCAACAGCGUGCACUCAGACUUCGCUGAUAGCUGGAUCGU